CCUUCAUCCCCUUCCCUCACCCACCGGAAGUCCAGGCUACCGUCCUCCAACAGGUCCAGGCGAGGUCCGGCACGAGUGGGGCUACUUGGGGGGUCCCCGGUGUCUGUCAGGGUCACUCCGAGAGACAACUGCUGUCCAUCUUUCGACCACGUGGUUCGUGACGGCGUAACCUGACCGUCGCCGUAACACGGAAGUCGAACGACGUCGCCGGGCGAGGCUGCGAUGGUAGACUCGGACGAAGGCUCGUCGGCCCAAACGGGGACUGGAAGGAGGACAGGCCCGAGUUAGUCUAGUUAGACUAGUUAAGGACACGGGACACCUGGUCACGUGAUGCCGAAAUUACCUGUGGCGCACCAACACAAGCAGAGAAGUUUGACUGUCGUCGUCAUCAUCGGCCACCAUUCGGCUUCAUUUCCUGCGGGGGUGGUAGAAAAAGUGUCCCAGUCCGACCAGUCCAACCAGUUUAAGUGCGGGGUCCCACCCAGUCCACCUGAGACACCACGGCGUCCAUGUUGCCUUCAGGGUCCUCUGUGUCCGGGGAACCGUGUGACGGUGAAAAACCGACCCACCAGCAUCGAGUGGGAGGGGUGCGACCCCAGCAAACUUUAUACUUUGGCCCUGACUGACCCCGACGCCCCCAGCAGGAAGGAACCCAAAUUCAGGGAGUGGCAUCACUUCCUGGUGGUCAACAUGAAGGGGAACGACGUGUCGUCCGGUUGCGUCAUGUCUGACUACGUGGGCUCGGGUCCUCCCCAAGGCUCGGGUCUGCACCGGUACGUGUGGCUGGUCUACCAGCAGUCGGGCGAGCUGUCCUGCAGCGAGCCAGUCCUCACCAACCGCUCAGGCGAGGGGCGUGGCAAGUUUAAGAUCUACAGCUUCAGGCAGAACUACAAGCUGGGCGCCCCCGUGGCAGGCACCUGCUACCAGGCCGAAUGGGACGACUACGUGCCCAAACUCUACCAGCAGCUCGCUGGAAAGUAAAAAAAUAUAUAUUUUCCCCUCUUGGAUGGAGGACUUCCGCUUCUUUUGCACUAAUACAUCUGCUGUGAAAGGGCCACUUCCUGUGACUGACAAUAAAUGAACGUAACACUUA